CUGAGGACUGAGGCGACAUGGCCACGAUAUACCCCAACGUGACAACAACCGAGGACUACUCUGAAUACUACGAUGCAAUAACAAAUAAUGACUACCAGGUCUGCAGCAACCCCAAUGUAAGUGCCUUCAGCCAAGUCUUCCUACCUACCCUCUAUAGCAUUGUCUUCAUUGUGGGGUUCAUUGGCAAUGGCCUGGUGUUAUGUGUCCUGGUCAAAUACCACCAAAGGGCAAAUGUGACAGAUGUGUGCCUCUUCAACCUUGCCCUUUCAGACCUUAUUUUCCUUAUCUCAUUGCCUUUUUGGGGCCACUAUGCCGCAGUCAAUGAGUGGACCUUUGGGGACUUCAUGUGCCAUACAGUGACAGCGCUCUACAUGCUGGGAUUCUAUGGAAGUAUCUUCUUCAUGAUCCUCAUGACCUUGGACCGCUAUGCUGUCAUUGUCCAUGCCCAAACUUCCCUUUUCUCCAAGCACCGUUCUGUCAGAGCUAGCGUAGCUAUGGCUUUCUUUAUGUGGGCACUUAGCUUUGCAGCCUCUCUGCCAACCAUCGUUUACUCCCAAGCAAAGAAUGAAUCAGAUGGAUGGAAAUGCAAAGAGGAAUAUCCAGAAGGAACAGCUUGGAAGUUAUUCUCUUACAUUGAGCUGAACAUCUUUGGUUUAAUCUUUCCACUCUCAGUGAUGGUGUUCUGCUACUCACGCAUCAUCCCCAUCUUAAUGGCCAUAAAAUCUCAGAAGAGACACAAAGCUGUUAGGCUCAUCCUGGUCUUGGUCAUUGUUUUCUUCCUCUUCUGGACACCCUACAACAUCGUCAUUUUCAUGAAAUUCCUGCAUCACUUGGGCUACAUGACCAGCUGUCAGUGGCAACAGGACCUGAACAUGGCUAUGCAGUGGGUGGAAACCAUAGCGUUCAGUCAUUGCUGCCUCAACCCCAUAAUCUACGCCUUUGUGGGGCAGAAAUUCAGGACUUUGGUUCUCAAGAUACUAAAACAGUGGUUUCCUGUUUGUUUUGGUCAUUGCACAACAAUUGUCAGUGAGUUCUCAGAGAGGAGGGGCUCUAUGUCCUCACGCUCCUCAGUGAUUUCCAGCACAAAGAUUGUGUAGCCAAAGCUGGGCAAAAGUACAGAAGGGCAAAAUCAAACUAUACCUUUAUUGUUUAAAAAAAAUCAUUUAAGUUUGUAAAAAGGUCACAAUUCCAUACUUUGGAUAGAUUCCUUUUUUAAUACUGAAGGUUUUUAUUUACAUGUUGUCAUUAUUUUACUUUUUUAUUCAGUGCUGGUUAUGUAUAGUUUUUGUGUACUUUAUAUGCUUUAUUUUCCAUUUUAAUUGUAUAGAGCAUAUAUUGCUUGCAGCAAAGGGUGUCAGGAGCCAUAUAUAUAAAAAUAUAUUCUACUCAAUGUAAAUAGUAAAGUCUCACAUAAUAUGUAAUCACAUUAUAUUAAGCAUUAUUAAAUCACAUUGAGACUUGUUUUCUUGAAACUUCUCAUUGAGAAAUGUUUUCUUGUCACAUAUUUGUCAUAGCAUUUGCACAGCGUAAUUGUAUAUCUGAAGCCCCUCUAUUUUCUGGUAUUUUGAAGCAUGAUCCUGGAGGUGUGCUAUUUCACCACACUGUAUACAUGAGCAUUGAUGGGAUUCUAAAAAAACAUUUGGUUGUUGAACCAUUUCAUUGAGCUUUGAAAAUAUUGUUUACAGUGUCAAUGCUAGAAAACUAUUCAUGCAUAAUGUCACAUCCUGAGUAAUGACAGGAUAAAAAAAAAUCUCCUCCAGCUCUUGUGUUCUACAGUAUAUAACAAAAUGUAUUAAAUUGUAGUAGUUUAUAUGCCUUAAGUAAGAAAUAAAACCCAACAUACUGUUACAGGAAAAUAAUCAAUGAUGGGGUGAUGUGAUGUGGCCUGACAUGAAGCGGAGUUACUGUUACUGUUGGCCUGCAGAAUUCUGUCACAAGUCAGUGGAACAAUUUACAGUUUCAUUCUAUGUUCAGCUCAACCACUUAAAAAUGUGCCUAACUAUGGACUAAUGUUAAGCAUUUUGCCAUUCGACUGGUCAAUACUGACAAACUUACUUUUCCAAUAAAACAAGUCUUUUUUCUCUUAUAAGUA